GAUACAGAAGCUUAGACGGAUCGUAACACAAAACGCCAAUGACGGCUGUCCAAUAACAAUCCACCACGUGUAUUUUCUCUCUCUCUCUCUCGAACUCGAGCUUUAAUAAUACUCUUCAGCAAAUCUCUCUCUCUCUUAAAUCACUCUGUUUUGCUCUGUGUUUGUUGUGUUUUUGGGGCGUUCUAACUUCUAAAUGAUCCAUUAUCUCCAUUUCAUCGGUGAGUUUUGGUUCUCUUGUGCUGCUAAAGUAGUUGAGUGGUUCUCGGAGAAGCUUCUAAGCAGCAGAAGAAGUAGAAGAACGACAAUGGCGUUGACGAAGAGAGGGUUCGUCGUGAUGAAGUCUAACGGUGAGGAAGAGGAACUAGAGUUAGGUUUAGGAUCAGUGAGGUUCACGCGAGGUUUAGGCAGGAAAAGGAUUCUGAUUUCGAGCAGUGUACGUCAAUCUCUGUCUAGAUCGGCCGUUGAGAUUCCGGUGGUACCUGAAUCGCCGCCGGUGCAAAGUUCGUUGAAGAGACAACGAAGCAGAAGAACUAUUGCUUCCUCUGAGAAAUCUCGACUUGAGUCUCUACCUCAAGAUCUCUUCAUUCGUGUGAUUUGUGGUGUUGAUCAUGAUGAUCUCAAGAGUCUAAAGCUUGUAUCCAAAUCAAUCAGAGAAGCUAGUUUAGUAGCAAAGAGUUUACAUUUUGCGUACACCACACCGAGAAAGACUCGUGCUUUUCGAAACUCGAUCGAUCUCGAGGAGUUUUCGGAUUCGAGCCGUCAAGAGGACGACAUAGAGCCUCCGAACGCACCGAAUCACUAUCGAUGGACCAAGGCUAAGAGGAGAGAGCAACUCUCAAGCGUCUCUGUGGCUUUGUUUACAUAGAGAGUGUUAUGUGUUUGUAAAUGGUUUGAUUCGAGUGGUGGCUAAGUCAUAAGUGUGUUACUUACACACUUCGUCUACUGUGAUGGUUAUAGUUCUUUUAGAUUAGUUUUUGCAUUUUGAUUCAGUAAAAUUUAGGGGUUUAGAGAUGAUUUUUGUAUAGAAGAAAUUCAUCCUUUGCAUACAUUGGGAACUGAAAAUGGUUUUUUUUCUCUCUUAUAUAUGUAUUUUAGUGUAAUGGGUUUUAGUCAGAGGCUCAGAGUAUCCAAGGUUCUGUUUCUGUUU